CGGACCCUACACAUCUCUCUUUUGCUGCGUUUCAUUAGCAUAUAUACAUACCACCACCACCACCCCCCUCAAAAAAAAAAAAAAAGCUUCGUUGAGAAAACUCCACCAUGGGAAGAACACCUUGCUGUGAUAAAAAUGGUCUGAAGAAAGGUCCAUGGACACCUGAAGAAGAUCAGAAACUUAUCGAUUAUAUUCAAUCACAUGGUUAUGGUAAUUGGAGAACAUUGCCUAAGAAUGCUGGGUUACAAAGGUGUGGAAAGAGUUGUCGUCUUCGUUGGACUAAUUAUUUAAGACCUGACAUAAAACGAGGCAGGUUUUCAUUUGAAGAAGAAGAAGCCAUAAUUCAACUACACAGUGUGUUGGGCAACAAGUGGUCUGCCAUAGCUGCACGGUUGCCGGGAAGGACAGAUAAUGAAAUAAAGAACUAUUGGAACACACAUAUUAGGAAGAGGUUGCUUCGAAUGGGGAUUGAUCCAGUGACACACAGUCCACGAUUGGAUCUUCUUGAUUUGUCUUCAAUCUUAGGUUGUUGUUCUUUUUAUAACCAGUCUCAAAUGAACAUGUCGACGAGGUUGCUCGGCGGCGGCGGCGGUGUUCAACCCUUGGUGAACCCUGAGAUUCUAAGGUUAGCCACGUCUAUCAUGUCAUCACCUCAACGUGAAAACCAAAACCCAGAUAUUCUUUUCCAUGAAAAUCAAUACCAGCAAUCGCCAUUAAUGCAAAACACAAAUGUAGCAGAACCGGUGAUGAACAACAACCCUAAUGUAAUAAUAGACCAGUUCCCAUUUAAUGGCUGUUUCACUGACUGGCAAAACAAUGCCAAUGCCGUACUCCCAUAUUUGACCGAAGAUAAUUACGUUCCGGUACCGUCAAACUGUUACGGCGGCGGAAACGGAGAACCGAGCUUCAGGACGCCGUCUUCAUCGAGUCCAACGCCGUUGAAUUCAAAUAAUUCAACGUACAUCAACAGUAGCAGCACUGAAGAUGAAAGCUAUAGCAGUGAUAUAUUGAAGUUUGAAAUCCCAGAUUUUUUGGAUGUUAAUGAAUUCAUGUAAUUUGCAAUGAAAAAUUAAAAAAUUUAAAAAAAUCAAAGUACUCACAAAUGAGGUUUUGAUUUUUUGGAUUCAGUGAAGGGGUUGUUGUUGUUGUUGAUACGUGUAAAACCUUCUGCUAAUUAUUAAUUUUUGUUGUUGUUGUUGUUGUGAUUUUUCUCAAGCUUACUGUAUUAGGAAGUAAGGUCCUACCUUUUUUUAAUUUAGUCCUUUUUAUUAUAUUGAAAAGUUUCCCAUUAUUGAUA